ACGCUUCUCUCCCUUUCGGCCUCCCCGCGCCGCAGGGAAAGGCCCGCGAGGUGCCGCAGCGGCCCGGCUCCCGGAGCCGGAGCUGGGAGGAUGCACGCUCCAGGGCCCUGGCGCUCGGGGAACCACGCGCAGCUCGGGCUUCGGACAGCCCCGGGCCCCGCGGCAGGCUUCCCGGACCGAGGGCACAGUCUUCUGGGGGGCGACCGAGGCCGAGACCGCGGAAAGGCCUGGAAGGGUGGGCAGGCGGCGGAGGGGCGCGGGCCCUUGGAGGAAGCGGCCUGGAGCAGGCAGGUCCGGACUGGGAAGGCGAAGUGGAGAACUGAGUCGGUCUAUGGGGGCUGUGUCCCCGCCUCGCUCACAGCCUCGGGGAUCCCCCGCCAAGCACAUGGGCCUUGAGCCGGGAGCCCGGAGCCCGGAGCCCGGAGCCCCAGAGCCGCCCCUCCACGUUCGCCGCCUCUGUCCCCGGAGGUCGGGAGCCUCGGGGGCCGCCGCGGUUACUCCCGGGUGACUGUGGAGCGCACAGAUGGGGGACGCCCGGGGCCGCGCUCCCGGCCUGCUGAUGGAUCGUCUCAUUUCCCGACUUGAUGGGCCGGAACCCGGGCUGGCGGGGGCGCUCUGGCCGCUGCACCCUGGUUGCGGAGCGAGGGUGCCCCGGGCGGAUCCCGCCCUGCCGCGCCCUCCCCCCCGCGCUGCGCCCCCCCGGGUACCCCUUCCUCCGCUCUCUGUGCCCGCGCCCGCGCCGCGUCCGGGUCUGGAGGGCCGGGGCUCGGCUCCCGGCACCGCCCGCACCGCGCUGUCGCCGCCCUCUCCCGCCGGAGGCCGCGGGGACCGCGCUCCCAAGGACCCUUCGAGGGACCGACAGCCCCACCCGGGUCCACCCGAAGGCCGCUCCUCGCCUCGGCCUGGGAACUCCGGAGGGCCGCUGUGCCAAGGAAACUGCGCCCUGAGACGCUUGCAUCGCGCCUUGGGGGGCACCAGUCUGUCCACCCUGUCCCCUCACCUCGUCCACAGUUCAGGCAGGCGUGGGAGGGGGCCAGAAGCUCGGGAAGCCAGGCUUCGGGGAGAGGAGGACGGUUGAUCGCUGCCCAGGGAUCGCUGGGCUCCCGGCUUCUGGGCCAUAAGCCUGGGUUGGUUUUUGUUUUUGUUUUCCUUUCAGCUUCCCAGAAUUUCGGAACCCAGACUGUGCUCCAGGUGUUCCUCCCGCUGGCUGGGGCUUGUUUGGCGCUCAGGGCAUCAGGCCUGCCAUCUCAAGGAAUCCCCAUUCUGGGAGUGUAUUUGGGCUAAGUAUCCUGGCCCACUCCCCACCUGCUAAGAAAGUGCGCACCCCUACCGCCAGGAAGGGGCCGCGGGGGUCAGGGGACCCAGGUAGUGCACUGUCCAAACGCUAAAGUGUGGUCUGUGGGCCAGUAGCGUCACCUUCACCUGGAUACUGCAGAAGCCCAGGCCCCACCCAUCCCCUGCAUUAGAACCUGCAUUUAAAAAGGUCACCUAGGGGACUUGGGUACCCUGCAGUUGGCUGGAGAAGCCCUGGCCUCACUGAUAGAGGCUGAGCUACUGCUAACGCAUCCCACCUUGUGUGUCCCAGCUUCAUCUUCAUCGUCUGUCAAAUGGGACAUGUUUCUGAGGUUCCCAAGGAAUUCUUCAGCACCCCUGACAUUAAAAUCUCUAGUUGGUGGAGCCUGGCAGGAAUGCAGCUCUAAGUGUCUCCAGAUGAUUCUAAUAGCCCAAAAGAACAAGUGUAGAAAUAACCCCCUUUGCAGAUGAGUUGAGAUAGGCCUGGGCCCUGUACAACACUGUGAGUACAGUGGUUAACACUCGGGGCUCUAUAGCCAGAUUCACCCAGGCCCCAGCAGACGGGGCCUCGAGACAGCUAAUUAAUCUUGCUGUGCCUCAGUUUCCUUAUCUGUUAAAUGGAGUUGAUAAUAAUGCCCCACCACAAAAGGUAUGGUUCAGAUUUAGAACCAAAAAUGUAGAAUCAAAUUCAGUAAAUCCUAGUUUACAAUGCCACAUUUGUCAAUCUCUCAUUUUAAGCUAACUGACAGUCUACUUAUUUACCUCUGCCUCAAGCAGUCCUCUUCCAGGGUACAGUGACUUGGUUUUGCUUCAAUAUUCAUGUCUAUUUUUCAACAUUUUAUUUAUUGGAGUUCAAUUUGCCAACAAAUAGUAUAACACCCAGUGCUCAUCCUGUCAAGUGCCCCCCUCAGUGCCUGUCACCCAGUCACCCCAUCCCC